AUGAGCGGCAUCAGUCCCGCGUUGCAGCGACUCGAGGAAGCGCUGCCGAACCGCGUCGAUUGGAGGUACGAGAUGCGUCGAGAGGCUCAGCAGAUACUUCCCGGUGAGUUGGGGGGAAGAUGAAAUCGAAUUUUGGGGAGCGAUGCUGAAUGUACUGAUGCGGUUGGUGGAGUGCGUUGCAGGUCUGUUCAUCGGCCCGUUUCAGCCGUCGUGGAAUCUCGAAACGUUGAACAGGCUCGGAAUCACCCAUAUCCUCUGUAUCGCCGAGUCGAGAGAACAGUUCGUUCAAAUCAGCUACACUUGAGGUUUUGGGUUGUGCUUGUACUGACACGCGCAUAUGCGCCAGACACCUGUUCCGGGCCAAGUUCCCCGAACGUUUCGUUUACCUUAUCCUCGAAGUGCGCGAUGCCGACGACCAGAACCUCAUCAAGAUAUUCCCACAGUUCGUUGCGAAACAAGAGCUGAAAGAACGCCGUCCCAAUUGCGAUUACCGCACGCUGACUCAUUCCCUUCCCUUCCCGUCCGACCCCCCACCUCACUCGAAUCUACGCUCCGACCCCAACCGGCUCGCAUCCGAUCUAUUCACAAUGGCGCAGAACACAAGCCUUCAUAGACGGAGCAAUUGAAAUGGGUGGAGCCGUGCUCGUACAUUGCGGAGAUGGAAUCUCUCGAUCGCCCGCCAUCGCGUAAGCUCUCCUCCGACCCCUUCUUCCGACCCCACACGAACGAAAAGAAAAAAAAAAAAAAAGUCCGCCCAACUUUCUCACGUGGGAAUUUCUCUUCACACAGAACCGCGUACGUGAUGGUUAAACAUGGCCUGACGCACGAGGAUGCGUUCCAAUUCGUUCAAAGUAGGAGGUUCUGCGUCGCGCCUAGGCUCGGAUUCCAACAUCAAAUCGAGGUGAGUGGGAAUUGGCAAAAAUCUCAAUCCCAAAAGGCUCACGAAAGACCCUUUGAGCUGAAUAACGUUGCCAACCUCACUUCAUGAGGCCUAUGCUCCGAUAUUCAUGGCUUCGCAAACGAUGACGAUGGCGCAGAAUCAAGGGGGGGUCCAUUCGGCGCCGAGGGAGAAGAGGAGGGAACGAGAGGAUGAUGAUGAGGAUGAGGAGGAGAUGGGUAUGGGUGGGGGUGGGUCAGCGAUGUGAGUUUGAGCAUAUUUGGAGCCAGACUGACUGAAUUCGUCUCGAGGCUGACAGUGAUCCUUCGUCCGACUUGUACAGCGACCCCGAUCUCGAUAUGCAUCGAAGGGUUCCGACCGCUCCGCAAUGGGGAAUGGCAUAA